CUCCGUGCUCUUCACGGAUGUCGUCCGCUGAAGUAUGAUCAGGAGUUGGCGCGACAGGCCCAAAAGCACGCUGAGUACCUCGCUCUAAAACGCCGAAUGAUCCACAGUGUUGCCCUCGACUACGGCGAGAAUAUUGCCAAGAAGGUCGGCACAUCGGACUUCAAACUAACAGGACCUGAAGCAACCCUCAUGUGGUAUAGCGAAAUUGAAGACUACGAUUUCGACGGAGGUGACCAAGUACAAUGUGAUACGGAUCGAGCGGGAUUCGGGUUCUCAAAAACACGAGAAGGUGAUGUAGCCAUCGUCGUCGGACAGUACAGGCCGCCAGGAAACUUCUCUGGGGAGUUUCAGCAAAAGGUGCCUCGCCCAAUCAGUGGAAAGAUUGUUGUUCCAACUUUGAAGGAAUUAAGUAUUAUGUGGAAAAUUUUCGCCGGUCUUUGUGUCCGCCGACCUGCUGUGGUCUCUCCAGAGCUUUCGCCGUUCCAGCGUCGUGUUCAGGAUUUACUCACCGAAAUGGAGUUGGAGAAGAGCCACUUGUCCGCCCACGAGGUGCGCCACCGCAACGACCUUGAGCGGAUGGCCCAGAUGUUAAAAGACGGACACGAUGUCAAAGCCACUCACAAAUCUGAGGCGUCUAGCUCCCUUUUGACAGCGAAGGAUAUGGAAAUCACCUGGAAAGCCUUCGAAAACGAAUUCUGGGAGCAGAUUGGCGAUGUAGGUGUCAGUGACAAGAGCACCAAAGAGGGUUUAACUGCCACUGCGUGGCGGAAAUUAGACCGCAGCUUGGUUUUGGUGACUCGUCAACGACUUGGCAAAUGCCUCGAUUGGGGUUUGCCAGUUCUUGAAGUCACUGGUGAUGAUACUCUACGAUCGGUCGUAGAACAUCUUGCACAAGAACUCCUGCCACCGGAAGCGCGUUGCACAAUUGUCGGAAACGCUCCUAUUGGUAUGCACAAGUACUUUUACCGGACAGAAGAUGGCAAGAAACAGGGAGUCCAAAUGUACUUUUUGAACGCAUAUGUAGACAAACUCUGGCACGGAGAAAAUGUGAAUGUGGAUGGGAAGUCGGAGAGUUUUGCAUGGUCAACCGUGGACGAGUUGAGCAACUAUCUGACUGACCGAAGCUUUCUCAAACGCAUCAGGACGUUUGUAGUCGACUAUUGA